AUGCCAGAGAUCGAACAGCAGCAGCAGCAGCAGCCUCCCCAGGGGCCUCCGCCAGCGCCGCGCGUCCCUGACAAUGCCCUGUUCGGGAAAUACGAGCUGGGCAAGCUCCUCGGCUGCGGCGCCUUCGCCAAAGUCUACCACGCGCGCAAUGUCCGCACCGGCCAGAGCGUCGCCGUCAAGGUCAUCAACAAGAAGAAGCUUACCGGCACCAGCCUCAUGUCCAACAUCAAACGCGAGAUCACUAUCAUGAGCCGCCUCCGCCACCCCAACAUCGUCAAGCUCUACGAGGUCCUCGCCUCCAAGACCAAGAUCUACUUCGUCAUGGAGUUCGUCAAGGGCGGCGAGCUCUUCGCUAAGGUCUCAAAAGGCCGAUUCUCAGAGAAUCUCAGCCGUAAAUACUUCCAGCAGCUCAUCUCCGCCGUCGGUUACUGCCACUCCCGCGGGAUCUACCACCGCGAUUUGAAGCCCGAGAAUUUGCUCGUCGACGAGAACGGGAAUUUGAAGGUUUCGGAUUUCGGGCUCAGCGCCGUGACGGACCAGAUCCGACCCGACGGGCUCCUCCACACGCUUUGCGGGACUCCCGCUUAUGUGGCGCCGGAGAUUUUGACGAAGAAAGGCUACGAUGGAGCGAAGGUGGAUGUGUGGUCAUGCGGCGUCAUACUCUAUGUGCUGAACGCUGGGUAUCUGCCGUUCAACGACCCGAAUCUGAUGGCGAUGUACAAGAAGAUUUACAAAGGCGAGUUCCGGUGCCCGAAAUGGAUGUCGUCUGAUCUGAAGCGGUUCUUGGGCCACCUCAUGGAUACGAACCCGGCGACCCGGAUCACGGUCGACGAGAUCUUGAAGGACCCAUGGUUCAGAAAAGGCGGGUACAAGGAAAUCAAGUUCUACGACGAAGAUUGCUCCAUGGACGACAGCAAAAUUGGAGGAGGCGAGGAGGACCAGAAGGUCGUCACGAGCCUGAACGCGUUCGAUUUGAUAUCGUUCUCGGCCGGACUGGACCUGUCCGGGCUGUUCGACGACCAUUCGUACGGCUCGGCGGAGGACGGUGAGCGUUUCGUGUUGGAGGAGACGGUGGAGAAGGUGGUGGAGAGAGCGGAGGCGUUCGCGAAGGCCGAGAAAUUGAGGGUGAGGAGGAAGAAGGAGUGGGGUUUGGAGAUGGAGGGGCAGAAUGGUAAUUUGGCAAUUGGGGUUGAGGUUUACAGAUUGACUGAGAAUCUCGUGGUGGUGGAGGCUAGGAGGACAGGUGGCGACGCUGGACCUUACAGGGAGAUGUGGAAGAACAAGCUCAGGCCUCAUCUGAUGUGCCCAGAUGAUCACGAGAUAUCACCGCCAUUACCAACUCCUUCUUCGUCUGCCGCUUCUUCGUCUGCCUCUUCUUCGUCCUCGUCGCUUGCCCAAUUGAUUGACUGA